AUGUCGGUUGCACCUGCGUCUGGGCUCCUUGCACAGUGGGAACGAGCGCGUCAAGUUGUUGUCGUACCUAUGGGUGGAGUUCAAUUUGUUGCUUUCCAACAAACACCCGCAAUUGGCACCAGGGAUUUAGGAUCAUGUUCAGUCGUCGUAAUUGCAUCAAAAUAUGGUGCGAUUCUCACGCAUAUUCCUCCCUUACCGGCACAACCUUCAGCGGAUCCUUAUGCGGGGGACAAUAAUGUCCGAUCGAUGAUGGGGCAAGUCAAGAGUCUUCACGCCUACUACAAAAGCUUGAACUAUUUCCCUGAGGCCGGAACAUCCAUUAUCUGUGCCCAAUUCAGGGGAGCCGUAGCGCUGCCGGACCAACUACAAAUCAUGCAACAGUCCCUUCGCGAGUUGGGCUACGCACCAUUUGUUCGCACUUACGAUGUCCCGGGUAACCGCACUCUCCCGGGACAAGGCACUGUCAUCGUCAUUUCAAACGCAAGUAGCGGAAAUCCGGUCAUAUAUGUGGAAGAUCGCGCGAUUUGA